CCUUUCCGCCCCACCCCGCCCGGCCCGGCCCGACCCUCCCUCUGUCCCGCCUGCCCGCGCCGCCCGUUUCUCCAGGCCGCUGAUCCUGCCCCAUCCGGCUCCCCAUGAACGGGCCCUUUGCUUUCCCGCCCAGCCAGCCGCCGGCCGCCCUCGACCACACGCCCCCUGGCGCCGGCCCUGACACAAACAGAAAACCGCUCCCCGCCAUGUACGCCGCGCCGCCGGCCCUCGGCCCAGGCCUGCCGGGGCCGAGCCUGGGCACGCCGCCCAAGCCCGUCGCCAGCGGCGGCCUGGCGGCCCUCGCGCCGCUCGCCAUGCUGCAGUACCCGCUGCACAGCCCGCCGCCGGGCCUGUUGCAGCAGCAGCAGCUACAUAUGCAGCGGCUCCAGCAGCAGCAGUUCCAGCAGAGCCAGCUCCAGAAACAGCGCCUCCAGAAACAGCACCUUCUGGGCCAGCACCUUCUGAGCCAGCGCCCUCUGAGCCAGCAGCAGAGCUUCAAGCAUUUCGGCAAGCAGCAGGAUCCGCAUGCCGCCGACUUCCCCGACCUCCACGGCCAUGCUUUCCAAGACAGCCCCGGCGCGGCCCACAUGUACCAUGACCGUGGGCGUGACGUGGCCGCUGCGUAUGCCGACGACACCCUGGUGCAAGACCCGCAACUUCGCCACCUCCACCAUCUCCAGUCCCACCAGAGCCCGGUGCAGCAGCAGGAGCAUCUGCUCCAGCAGCCGCAAGCCCAACCGCUGCUACAUCGGCUGCAGCAUCUACAGUCGCUGCAUGAUCUGCAACGCCACCGGCAAAGUGAUGAACACCAUCAACAAAAUCAACAGCAACAACAACAGCAACAGCAGCAACACCAACAACAUCAACAUCACCAACAUCACCAACAACAUCAAAACCAUCAGAACCAUCAGAACCAUCAACACCAACACCAACACCACCGCCAACACCAACACCAACGUCACCACCUGCCACAACACCAGCCCCAGCACAACCACUUCGAGCACGGCCAAGGCUUGGCCAACGCCGCCGCACAUAGCCCCUCGCUCCAAGGGACAGUCCCCCAAGACCACCGAACGCUCCACGACCCCACCGUCCACCCCUCCCACGUACAACCUCAUUCCCUGCUCAGCCAUCUUGCGCAGAACCUCUCGGGCAGUAUCCACUUGCAGCAUGCAUCGCACCCCGCGGGGCCUCAGCUAGGACUCGACAUCACCCCGAAGUUGGGAAACCAGACCAUCGCCAUCUUGUCCAAAAUGGUCGCGGCCACGGACGAAAACGGCUCGAAAAAGAAACGCGGCAGACCCAAGAAACUCAUCCUCGACCCAACCACAAACCAGUACAUUGAUUCGUCCCAUGCGAAUUUCAAGAAACUCAACAAGCUCCUCAAGGAGAGCUCCGGCAUCGCCGUCAAGCAGGCUCACUCGCCCAUGGAGAACGGCAUCAAUCUCGACUCCUUGAACGAUCAAGAAAUGAAGCAAUUACUCGAGCUGAAGGACCGCAGGGGCCGUCCCCGCAAAUUUCCAGUGGAGCAAACGGGCAUCACCAUCAAAGGCGUGCGUGUCAACGGAACAAUGAAAGGAAAGAGGAAGGACUUGGUGGCUUCCCUCAAUGACUCUGACAAGGUCCAAAAGAAACGACGGGGGCGGCCGAAAAGAGACGCGGAGACCGUUGUGUAG